AAACUUUUGUACACCCUGUAAUUCUUUUUAAUACAUUUUCCUUGUCGUAGCAACUUUUUUCUGUUGGUGAAUACUUAUUUUCUUUUUCAUACGACGGUGAUAUUCUUUUCUUUUAACGUUAAGCAAAGUAUAUUAACUCAAACUGUAUACUUUGCAUAAAAUACCACCGAUUAUAAUGUUUUAAACAAACGAACGAAUCUUUAAAUUUCUACAUAGUAAAGUGAAAUGUUUUUGUAACACACGAAAGCAGCCUGAGGAAAGAUACAGAACGACAACUUAGCUGAAACUUCCAAAGAAAGUCGGUGAUACCUCAACAUCAAUAGUUCGAACAUAAUUUGAACAUGGCAUCUCGUGGUGGACCAAUGGUGGCUGGCACCGAUGGGGCUGACUACGAAUACAGACAACGUGUGGCUGCACCACACCGUAUGAGUUUGCAGAGCAAAAAGCGAGUAAAAUUUUGCAUUUGCUAUCAUAUCGUACUUUCUACUUUUAUGAUGACCAAGUUGUCUCCGGAUUUUUUGGAUCGAAUUGAUGUCUUUUGGCUGGAGGUGGAGGAACUUGAAGUGCCAAAACCACUGUUGUGGGAAUACGUUUGGAUGACAUCGGUAUUUACAAUGUGGUUUGCUCUUUCGGCAAUACUUAACAAUACUGUUCGCGAAAUGCAAAAAUAUAUGAUAGCCCUUACGUUAACUGGCGUUAUACCCGUUUGCUACUGCUUUGUUUACUACUUUAGAGAUUUUUGGGAGUACAUUAAUUUAGAUGCGGGAACUGAUAUAAAGGAAACGGAUAUUUUUAUAUGGCGCGGUAUGCCUUACGCGGUGUUGUGGUAUGGCUUCUCGGCUGUCGCUAUUCAGUUACACGGUUUUACGCUGUAUUUCGCCUAUAAAUGCAUUCAAGCAUGGCGUAUGCGCAGCGCUGUAAAGAAGUCCCAAUAGGUCAAAACUAAAACAAAGGAUUGACGCACUUUGAAAACGUUUGAUCAAAUCAAAUCUUAGGCAGACGGUCAAUUUAUGUCUGAUUAAGGCAAUUAUGUUGUUUAUGCUCAUUAAAGUUUUCAAUCUUGGAUUAAAGUGAAAUUUUUGCAGUCUCACAAUUAUCUCUUGACUGCUUGCUAAUUUAUGUACUUAUAUACUUUCUAUAUUGAAUACUUUUCCAAAUUACAAUCUACAGGAUUUAUGUUCAAGUGUUUUCAUUAAAACAUUUUUGAUAGAAAACAAUAACAAAAAAGAUGUUACUACAAACAAAUUGUGCGCCAUUCCAUACAUUUUGAGUCUAUUUUUGUCAGUCUAUUCGAGACAUUUAUCCCAAUGUACAACUAGCCAUACGCAUAUUUUAUAGCAUAUGAUACUGUUUGUUAAUCUUACUGGGUCAAAAAUUUAGAAAAGCUACAAUUUAUUUGUUCAAUCCUUGAUUGUCUGCAUAAAUCAGCCGGAUAGAAUGAAUACUGCAAUAAAUAGAAUAAAAAAAUGAAUUCAACCAAAAUUUAAUUUAUACGCACAUGGAAUAGCGUGAAGUCAAACUUAACUACUAAUGUGUUAUAUCAAAUUUGCCAAUUACAAAUUAAAAGUAAUUUUAUGUCUUACUUGACAUAUCAGCUGUAGUUUGCACAAUUUUGUAAAAAAAAAACAAAAACAUUUGAAUAAAAUUUUAAAAGUAGCUAAAUACAAUGUACAAAAAUUUCGAUUUUCUUCACAGCAAUGGCAUCCGAGUAUUUGAAAAACUAUAUUUUCAUAUCUGUGACCAAAAGCAAAUGAAGUGAAAAUAAAAUAUAUAUUUUUAACUGGCAAUAUCAUCAUAAAAUUCAUUGCGUAAUAAAAAUACUCAAAAUAUUUAUUUAUCUUUAGAGUUUAAAGUUCCUUAUUAAAAUAUACGAAUGUGUUUUCUACAUAUAAAAAACACCGAACUGCCUAACAUCAUCCAUAAGUUCCCAUCAAGGGCCAACAACUAUUUUUUUGUACAAAAUAUGCUUCUACUUACAUACGUAUGUAUGUAUGUAUGUAUGCCUAUAUCUAUGUACUUAUUUGUGUUCUGAGACCUAGUUGUUCAUUUUGGAACAGAUGCAUUUGAUAAUGCAAAAGUAAUAUAAAAAAUAUAAAUUAAUAAUUUUAACAAAGAAUGGGUAACAAAAUGGUUAUAAAUGAAGAGUUAUGUAAUAUAUAUGAAAAUAUCUUAAUUGAUUUGUAAAUUCGUGUAAAUUGUUGUGCUGUUCAAUAAAUGUCAUUUAAAAUAAUAUUGGAAAACAAA